CAACUUCCGGUUACUCGAGGUUCGUAUCCUAAUUCAACCAUCACUUCUGCUUGAGCCAUCAUAUGCAAUCUCUUGUGUAAUCCACGAGCAGGAUUUCAAUUGUGUGCGCCGCAACCUUGGCCAAAGACCUCAACAAAACCACUCUUUGAUGGGCCUCUCUCAACAACCGGGGCCGGAGUAUGACUUCAAGAGUCCAAUCUGCUGGAAAUAAAGAACCUCAGGAGCAAGCCUCUUUACAUGACCGCAGAGCUUCAUUGCUCUGCUAUACCCAUGUCACAGCCAUGGGACUACAUUGCUAAGCUUGUCUGCAUUGGCGACUCUGGAACUGGAAAAUCCAGCCUAACAAUUCGACUUUGCGAAGGCCGCUUCUCAUCUUCUCAUGAUGUUACGAUCGGCGUGGAGUUUGGUUCGCGCAUUGUCUCGGUUGGCCCGCCUGCAUCAAAGAGCUUUGGAUUGGGAUUCGACGCUCAUACCCACGAAUCAUCAGCAUUGUCGUCUGUUCCGUCAGCUCCUCCACAGACACCUGUCGCUGGUCCGGGAAAUUCUGCUGCCACUGGAUUGCCCAGUCCUCCGCGGAAGGCGCCCGAAUAUCAAAAGAGGAUGAAACUGUCCCUCUGGGAUACAGCUGGUCAAGAAACAUAUAAAUCCAUCACCCGUUCUUACUUCCGGGGUGCAUCUGGUGCACUCUUGGUCUUUGACAUUACCAGGCCUUCUACUUUCCUGUCUUGUACACAGUGGCUCCAGGAUCUACGGCAAAUUGCUGAAGAUGGCAUUGUGAUCAUUCUGGUUGGAAACAAAAGCGACCUUGCAGACGACGGUUUGGCCUCAAGUCAGAGGAAGGUGACCAGGCAGCAAGCAGAAGAAUGGUGUCGCAUGAAUAAUGUUGCGAAAUAUGUUGAGACGAGUGCAAAAUUUGGAGAUAAUGUGGAAUGUGCGUUUCUAGAGGUGGCCGAACUGAUUUACCGCAACAUCGAAGCUGGUAAAUAUGAUCUUCAGGAUCGCCGAAGUGGGGUUAAGGGCUUCGGUGCUACCGGAGGCGUGAAUCCUGGUACUCCUAAGACAGUUACCUUGGACCUGAAUGACGUCAUGCGCAACAGUGGAAAUAGUGUUGUCGGCGGUUGUUGUUAGUAAUCAUGCUGAAAAGUCUUGACUAACUUCAUUAGUGUAUAGCUCGAGCCACUCGCGCAAUGCACACUCGUUGUCACAUCAAUUCUCCAUUACUAUCUUAUUUGCCG